GAAAAAGCAGCGAGUUCAAAGCGGGAUAUUUGAUGUCGCCAUGGACGAUAUUCGUGAUGUGGCCUUAUCGUUGCUGUAGAAUGUAGGGAUUUACUGAUUUAUAUAUUAGGGAGACAAACUAUGGAUUUGUUAAAAACUUUUCCGUGCCUGCUACCUGCAUUUUCUACCGAAGGCAUUAUUUUCGAUGGUUUUCUGACAACAGAUCAUGGAAAUGAGUACCGCAUUCGUAUUCGAACAGGAACGCCAGAUGCAAAGACCCAUAAGGGUUUUCUUUUAGAAUGUGAUUGGCGCUUGCAUAACUUACUGGAAAGUUACACAGCUAUCCUUGAACAAAGAAGCCAGCAGUGUAAAGAUGUGCAGUCUUUUCUGAAGGAACUUAAAUCAAUUGUGGAACGUUUGACAGUGCAGAAAUCAGUCACCAUAGGAACCUUCACCCACACUCGUAGAAUCAUAGAGGAAAUGGAGAAAAUUGGAUGGGAAAAACUGGUGAACGUAGAUGCAAGUUUCCAGCAUCUGACCUUGCAAGCUGAGGAUGCAGCUGGGAGGCAACAUCAUCUUCAAGUCUUCUUGAGCACUCAGGAAUCCAUGGCACCACGUUGUGUUGCAGAUCUGCCUUCUCAGUUUGUUUUUUAUUGGAGUGCUCAGGGUCACCUCAGUGAUCUAAUGCAUCAGUUUGAAGCUACACUUGCCUCCUACCAGCCCUUAUGGAAUGCUCUGGCUGAUGUUGAUCAGCACACAUGGGUACUUGAACCAGAUGUACCUACCUACUCAGCCAUUCAUCGCCGUAUUGUUUUGGGUCCCUGUGCAUCAGUUCAGAUAGUUUUGGACCUCAGACACCCCACAUCAGUCCCAGAAUGCAGAUUUUUAGGAGCUGAUCAAAUAGUAAACCCACUGAAAGACAAGAUUAACAAAAAUCUUCAUGUUUGGGAUGAUUGUUCCUCACUUGUCUGUAAUUUGGAAAAUCUGCUAGGCAUAUCUUUUCCUUCUCCAACAAAUUCUAAGAAAGAGGACUUUAGCCUGGAAUGUGGAAUUUGCUACAGUUAUCGACUUGAAGAUGAGAUUCCAGAUAAAGCCUGUGAUGAUGCUCGUUGUGGGCAGCCCUUCCAUGUCAGUUGUCUCUAUGAGUGGAUGAGGUCCCUACCUUCUUGUCAACAAAGCUUCAACACUAUCUUUGGCGAAUGCCCUUUGUGCAGUAAGCCAUUAACCAUCAAGGUCCCAACAAAGACAUGAAAGACUAUUAUGAUGUAUUUUCAUAUUUAUGUAUGCAUAAUUGAAGAAAACUUUGAAGCCAACUGUAUUGAAUGUGAUAGAAAUGAGAGAAUCCAAGUGUAUGCGUGUGUCUACUAUCUAUGUAUACAUGAGCAGAGCAGGAAAGAUAUUAAAAAAACGAUCUGAAAUCUCAGAUUUUAUUGGAUGUAUUCUGAAUAAAUUGUAGUUGUGUCAUUUUUUUUCCACGAACUGAUGCCAAUAAAACUGCCCUGAACUUU